AUGACGGGUUGGACGUUCAACACACCAGAUGAUACGCCAACCAACGGACCACAACUUGCCGCUGUCUGUAUUGCUUUUACCGCCGUCGCCCUCUUUCUUGUCUGCCUUAGACUCUAUGUUCGGACAACGCUGGUCAAAGCAGUUGGAUAUGCGGGCGGGUAUAAAAUCGGCACGAUAAUAGUUGCGGUGGCCUGCACUAUGGGCCACAUUGCGUUUAUCUGCGUCUUCAUUUUCCUGUGUACACCAGUCGAGAAGCAAUACGAUCCCUCGAUCCCUGCCGACAUACAGAUGCGAAAGAAGAUUGUGCUCCUGGCUCUCUUCAUCCUCGGCGUCUUCGUCACCAUCAUCCAAGCAAUCCGGAUCCAGACCAUCAAGAACCUCGUCAACUACCUUGACUCAGCAAAGAGCAUCCAGUGGUCCGUCAUUGAGAACUGCAUCGGCGUCGUCAUCGCAUGUGUCCCGACGCUGGCUCCGAUGGUCAAGUACUUCGCCGAGAAGAGCCGCAACUACAACGAUAGCGAUUCGCGGCCAAAAAACUCACGAUACGCACUGCAGACCUGGGGCACCAAGCGGAGCGGAAUGCAGCCGCUGGGAACUGGAAUCGACAGAGAAGUUUCCGUCACUGGAACAACGAAGGCGGAGGACAGCACCGAGAACAUCCUGUCCCAGAGCGGCAUUACGAAGAGGACGGAUCUACAAAUCACGACGCACGAUGCUCCGGAGACUUGGUCUAAUAACGAACGGAAACAGGAUGUUUGA